GCUACUUACGUCACAAAUUGCGUCGGCGCGCAAAGCUCGACUUCGCCGUCAUGGUCGACGUCGUUCUGCCGUCGAGGUUGAACGUCGCUCGUCGUUCGGUCGAAUCGUGAUUGGACGCGCGGGAUCCGGGAUCCCUCGAGCCCGAGCUCGAAAUCGCCGAGCGAACGAGUUAAAAGCUUCUUCACCGAUUUCCAUAAAGUUAACCAAUCAAAAGAUAAUUAAGAAGAUAUAUAAUUACAAACAAACGCGAGUGAAGAAGGUGUUGUAAAGCCACCAGGCACGGAAAGUUGGUUCGCGCGAGGGGUGUUGUCGCCACAAAAGUGCGUGAACGGAGACUCUCUCGUUCUUCACAAAUCUAAGCAGUUGACAAAAACUCAAAUUGCUGAGGAUCAUCAUCAAUCUUCAAUUCAAUGAAUAGUUCUUGAAGAUUCCUCAAAACCUACGAAUAAUCAACAAGAGGAAGAAAGUGUACAACUGUAGAAGUGUGUUACAUUUAGGAAAGGAGAGAAUGAAGAAUAGUUAGAAUUUAAAAAAAAAGAGGACUAUUUAGAACAUUGGCUGAAGAUCUGCAUUUGCAGAGUGGAAGGGUGGUUUCUGGAGGCUGGCGCCCUCCUUGUCUGGAGCGGGGCUGAAUGUAAUUGAAGGCUAUAGGUAUAAUAGGGUCUUUCCUAGGCCUACUGAUAGAGUUUACAGCGCUUCGGCGCUGGGUUUGUGCCUUGGAUGCGCGUACGGUGCGCCGAUAGUGUGGUUUCGCCAGUUUCGCGAGUGAUAUGCCCAUCAGCUGUGUGGAGGCGGGUAGUAACCGUAGAUCACGACAGUGAGAGGGCGAGGACUGCCAGAAGCCCAGAACGAGGAGAAUUGGAAAGAGCGAUUUCCUCGUCCGGAAAUGCGCCUCAGGCAUGUAAGAAGAGCGAUCGUUGACGAAGAAGAAGACAGGGAUAGGGACAGGGAUACGGGCCUCGGGCUGCAGCAACGCAAUGUUCGCGUACGGUUUCGAGAUCACGUAGUGGCUGGCAUGUAAUAUAAUAUGUCGAUGCGCGGCGCGCCCCACGUAGCUUCACGGUGAGAAUCUGGCGUGAGCGGUGCCGCGGUGGAUCGGGGAACAUGGCGUCGGUCUCGGCCGAGACUCCAGCCAGCCAUGGGCACAGCUUCAGUAAGAAAACCUUUCACAAGCCGACGUACUGCCAUAGCUGCACCGACAUGCUCUGGGGCCUCAUACAGCAGGGGUACAUCUGCGAAGUUUGCAACUUCGUGGUGCACGACCGCUGUCUCAAGGCCGUCGUCUCUCCCUGCUCCAGCAUCGCGGCAAGCCUGAUAAAAAACCCGGUUGCACACUGUUGGUCGGAACAGGUAACACACAGAAGAAAAUUUUGCAACGUCUGUCGAAAACGGCUCGAUGAUCAUACAACGUCCAUACAUUGUGAAAUUUGCGAGUACUUCGUUCACACAGAUUGUCAGGACUUUGCUGUAGCAGAUUGUAAGGAGAAUGCAACAUAUUUGCCUGGAAAAGAUUUAGUAUCAGUAAAGCAUUCGCAUCACUGGCGAGAAGGCAAUCUUCCUACUAAUUCCAAAUGCGCUUGGUGUAAGAAAAGUUGUUUUUCCGUAGAGUGCCUCGCUGGAUUUCGUUGCGAAUGGUGUGGAAUGACGUCACAUGCUUACUGCUACAAGAAUAUCCCGUUAGAAUGUACUUUUGGAAGUCUGGAAAAGAUCUACCUGCCGCCUCAUGCAGUCAGUAUUCCACGUACCGAAGUACCGAUGGAAGCCAUAAUUGGGGUUCAAGUAAGGCGUAAAGAAGUCAUCACGCGUGAGUAUUCCUGUCAUAACAUCGGAGAGCAAUUCGAUUUCGCUGAGAGUGAACAAAUUGGGGCUGCAGGCCGCCUGGCCGAUGCUUUGAGGCGCCUUUCACUAGUUUUGCCACGUAGCUGCCAUGGAAAUUGUCAUGCUUCCCCUCCUUAUGUUCGAGCGCGAAGCAUAUCAGAAGAGUUUAGUAGCGGGGAUUCACGGUAUCGAGAUAAUGAUGAACCUGCUCAGCAAGGAGCUCAUAGUCGUGAUCCACAGAAAGCACAGAAAGAAAAGGAUGAAAAAGAAAAAGGAGACGAAGAGGUGAUAAAGGUAUACGACGGGAAUAAUUCUUUAAGGCGGCGGAUAUUUCGAGUGAUCACCGUGUCUCGACAGGCAACUACGGAGCAAAUUCUGAUAUCGGCUCUUCGAGCGUUCCACAUCAAGAAGGACCCGAAUCAUUUUUACCUUACCGAUCUGUAUGCCGCGGAGGAGAUUCCUCUGGGCGACCCGAUCCCACUUCAAAACUUAAAUCGUAAAGAAGGAAAGCGUCCGGCUGUAUUUCUUCGAUUUAGGGAUAGUGAUAGUGGUGAAGUUCGGGUUUAUCCAGGAAAGCUGCAGGUGUCUGAGUCCUUUUGUAUUGUUCCGGUGACCGAAACUACGACUAUAUCUGAUCUCAUUCGGGAAGCACUCCUUCGUUUCGGUUUGCAGGAUUUCAACUGCGAAGAUUACCGAUGUAGCGAAAUCCUUCUAGAUCGCGGAGUUACAGAACGUGUGUUGUCGUGGGACGAGAAGCCUUGGGAAAUUGUAAAGAUGCUGGGGAAAGAUUCAAUUAGGCAAAUGGAAUUGAUGCGAUUUUAUCUGCAACUAAAACAGGACCCACACGGUCCUAAUCUUGCUUUGUUUGUUGGAAAUCUACCACCAGGUCUUUCUGAGCGCAAUUAUGAAAACAUGUUAACCGAGUUCUUAGGAAAAGAAAACAAAUUUUCAUCCAUCGGACCCAUAUAUUACGAAUACGGCUCGAUGGUUAUUAUAUACGAAGAUUCAAAUAAAGCGGUUAAGGCUCUCUAUACGUUACGUGAAUCGAAACACGAAGACAAACAUCUUUUAGUCAUGCUUUUACCCAGCAUUGAGCCAAGCAUGGUGCCAGGCCACGUCCAGCCGUUACUAGUUUUUGUAAAUGUGAAGUCUGGUGGAUGUCAAGGACUCGAUUUGAUAUCAAGUUUUCGCAAGUUGUUAAAUCCCUACCAAGUGUUCGAUUUGGAUAAUGGUGGUCCCUUGCCUGGAUUGUACGUAUUCCGUCACAUACAAAAUUAUAAGAUCCUAGUUUGCGGAGGAGACGGUACAAUAGGAUGGGUACUGCAGUGUUUGGAUAAUGUCGGUCAGGAUAGUGAAUGUUCGUCGCCUGCGUGUGCAAUUGUUCCUCUGGGUACAGGUAACGAUCUGGCUCGAGUUUUGAGGUGGGGUUCGGGUUACACUGGUGGCGAGGAUCCUCUUAAUUUGUUGAAAGACGUAAUCGAAGCAGAGGAAAUAAGAUUGGACAGGUGGACCGUCGUUUUUCAUCCAGAAGAAAAAGAGGACAAGUCGGGGCAAUUAGUUCCCAACGCCGCAGUGACAGGUUCGACAAGUGAAGACAACACGCAGAUUCUAGUAAUGAAUAAUUACUUCGGAAUUGGCAUCGACGCGGAUCUUUGCUUAGACUUUCACAAUGCCAGGGAGGAAAACCCAAACAAAUUCAAUAGCAGGUUGCACAACAAGGGAGUCUACGUAAAAAUGGGGUUGCGAAAAAUGGUCGGUCGAAAGCCCUGCAAAGAUCUACACAAGGAAAUUCGGUUGGAGGUCGACGGAAAGUUGGUGGAACUGCCGCAAGUCGAGGGGAUAAUAAUUCUUAACAUAUUAAGUUGGGGCUCAGGGGCAAAUCCCUGGGGUCCCGAAAGGGAGGAUCAGUUCAGCAAACCGAAUCAUUGGGAUGGAAUGUUGGAGGUCGUCGGAGUCAGUGGAGUUGUUCAUUUAGGUCAAAUUCAAUCUGGCCUUCGCACUGCAACGAGGAUAGCUCAAGGUGGUCACAUAAAAAUCCACUUACACUCGGACAUCCCUGUGCAAGUGGACGGAGAACCCUGGGUCCAAAGUCCUGGAGAUGUGGUGGUCUUGAAGUCCGCAUUGAAGGCAACCAUGUUGAAGAAAAAUAAGAUCAAGCGUCGGAAUACAGAACCGUCGAUUCUACCUACUAAUGGGGAGGGGGGCAAGAGCACGGACGAGUAAACCAACAAUUCUGCAGCUUGCAACUAGUCAGUUUAUAUUAAAUUUGAAUCCUUAAGAGGUUCGCGAUCUUUGCCUAGACUCCUCGACACUAUAGGGAUCAAUCCCAUGUGGAUGAGGAGUUUCGGACCGAUCGUACUAAUUAAGGAGGACCUCUGCAGCUGCGGGGUCAAUCCGGUCAAUCCUCUGCGCAUGAGACCUUUUCUAUCUAUUUCCAAGCUCCUUCAUUGGUCCUUCGGCCAAAUGCAAUUUAAGCUUCUCGUAACAUUUGAACUGCGUAGCAACUAGGAUGGUCCAAACAUUUUCAAAAUUUAUAUUCCAGAUUGAAACCUACUUUUCUGUAAACUUUUUAAAACAUUUUAGCAGUUCUCUUUGUUUUUCUCGGAGUGUCUAGUGUAUCUUCAAAAAAGAUAUUGUUGAUGAAGCUGGAUUCCUUAGAAAUUGAUACUUCUUUCGGAAUUAUACAAAUAAUUUUCCGCGAAUAUGUUAUUAAAAACAAUGCAGUGAUUUAUAUACUGGUUUUGGGUACCCUAAAGUAUUUUUGAGAAUUUUCCCAUAAUUUUUAUUACGCUUUUAGUUUAGAUUUUAAAAUUGUUUGAUUCAAAAAAUACAAUGUGGUAAAAGAUUUUUUGAAAUAUCUGUAUUGUGUCUUGUUUUUUUGCACUAAAUUGUAAUUAGGUGUUUAAGUGUUUGAGUUAAAAAAUUCAAGUUAGCAAGCCCAAUAUUUAAUAUAGGGCAUGCCAUUUUUUUAAAGCCGCAUUAUUCAGCAACUUUAUUUCUGGUGUUUUUUCUUGCUUACUGAUUCCAAACACAUUUUCAAAUUCCAUAAGUCUAGUAUGUUCGAAGCAUUUUUAUUGAUAGACGCAUUAUUCCGAAACUUGUUAUUGUUUUUUUUAGUCCACUGAAUUCGAAUCAGUGAUAAACAUGUUGUAAUUCCAAAAAUACAAGAUGGUGAGUCAAAUAGGGGGCCAAAAAAGUUUAAAACCAAUUUUUUUAUGAGAUUUUUGGUAUAGUUUUGGUAAACGUUUUUUGAGAGGGAAGACUAUAGUUUUACCGGUUUUUUGUUAUCUCUGAGUACAAAUUGUCAAUCGAAAUGUUUGAAUUUUUCAUAUCUAGUAAAAUGGACGGAUUUUAAUUAAGUAGUCUUUAGUUUAAAAAUCCAAGAUCAUCGAUAUAAUAAGGGACGAAGCAAAGCUUUAAAAUACUUAAAUUAUUCUAAAAAAUUUUGAAUUCCAAAAAUCCAAGAUUGCGGAAGUAAUACAGUUCUAUAAAAAUAAUUGUUUUAUGUUUGUUCAUGUAUUAAAUAAUUUGCAAUCUAUAACCCCCUGAAUACCCAGUUUCAAAGAAUUCGUCUUUAAGAAACAAUCUCUGUGCACAAAUAUAAAUUUAAUUGCUUUAGAAACUGAUGCCCCGAAUCAAAUAACCGGUUAUAGACACAAGUUCCAAAUGGUGUAAAAUUGGGUCAUCCAGGCUUUACAGUCAUUUCCCUAUUCUCCUUUUUUCGUAUUUUUCAAAAAGUUCCUCUAUUUUUCAUACUUACAUAUCAAAUCCCGAUUUUUCGAUUUUCUAAAACCUUGAAGCAGAAACUUCUUUCUUGUGGUGAGAUGUUAUUCUGUUUUUUUUUUCAGAUUAAAAAAAAUAUUUAAAGGUCUCUAAAGUUGCUUUGGUGCCCGAUAUGAGACUUUUAUAAGUUAAUAAUUUUUUCAAAGUUUUAAAUGUUUCUUUAAUUAAAUCAUAAACUUCGCAUUAAAAAUUAAAAGUAUUACUUCUUAAGAAAGACAUAAGAUUUAUUAAAAAUUGUCGGCCUUAGAAAAACAAAUCAUUUCAUCUAUAAUCUGCACAUUACUAAAAAAAAAUCCAUUCAUUGUAAAAAUCCUCUCUUGUUCUUAGAUUUCCUAGAGACUUGGGCCAUCCUAAUAUUCGUGCAUCCCUCCGACUGUAGAACAUUUUUAGCAAUCCUUUAAACAUUUCUUUAUCUGUAAUGUUCUCCAUAUAAGUAGUAAGGGAUGUCCCUUACUACUCAUAUUAUAUAUUAUAAAUCCCGCAUAUUAUUUGUAAUUUCUGAGUUCUGGUGUUGCGAGCAAGAUGUUACAAGUAUUUUCGUCGCUGAAUUAUUGUGGAUCGUUCCUUUGUACGUCUCCCUGAUCCUUUCCCUUCCUAGGCGACGAUGCUGAAGAAGAUGAAGGGAAAAAUGAAGAGGCGGAAUACAGAAUCCAGUAUGCAGUCGUCGCUUCAGGCCGCAUCAUCCAACGAUCCAGAUUCUGAAGUCUUCUGAAUACAAAG